AUGAACACCUCGGACGAGAUCUCCUUCUCUGGAGAACUCCAGCCCUCGGAAGCUGGGGUGGAAAUCACGGUGGUCCUGCCUUUGAUUCUGGCCACCAUCUGCCUGGUGGGGUUCGCGGGGAACCUGCUGCUGAUUGCCAUCCUUUCCCAUGAUCUCAGGAAAGGUAAAUGUUCGGUGGUCAACUGCUUGGUCAUCAACCUGGGGGCCACCGACCUGCUCCUGAUUUUGUUUUGCAUUCCUGUGCGGAUUGUCACCCACGCCAGACAGUCCUGGGUGUUUGGGGGGUUUGUGUGUAAGACCACAGACUGGUUCCUCCAUGGCUGUCUGCUGGGGAAAAGUUUCACCCUGGCUGCGAUGGCACAUGCCAGGUACAAGCAUGUGGUCACCCCACCAAAGUUCCUCAGCUUCAAUAAGAAACAGGUAUGGCUUGUCCUCCUCUUCACCUGGACCUUGUCUCUUCUGUUGCCCCUUCCACACCUGAUCUUCACCCAGCUGGAAGUGAAACAGGGGGGUCUCAUCUGCAGCUUUGAUAUCCCUACCUAUGCCUACAAAUUCAUGAGUGUCUUCAGCAAGCUCUACCCCAUCUUGGCUUAUGUUGUCCCCAUGUUCUUCACCUUCUUCUGCUACAUGAGAGCUCUGAGAAGAAGACAGGAGAGGAGGAACCGGGUGCCCAAUCCAAGACUCCUCAGCAGGAAGAUCACCUCCAUGUUAAUGAGUGUCAGCCUGGCCUUUGAAGCUAUGUGGCUUCCAGAAUGGAUUGUCUGGAUCUGGGCAAGGCACAGCAGUUUUGGGGCUCUUCAACCUCCCACAGCCUUGAUGGUUCUAGCUCAAGUCAUCAUGUUUUUGAACUGUACCCUGAACCCGGGGGUGUUUUUAGCCGUUUCGGAAGAAUUCAGGGAAGGUUUCAUGAGUGUAUGGACCAUGGUAAGAUGUAGACUUUGCUAUGGAUCAGGUCACACCAGAGCUGGAGAAAACGGCUCAGAUAUGGUCACCAACACCAUCCAGUCCUUGCAGGACUUGCACUCAUCUUGUGGACUGAGAGCCUCCCAGGAGUGCAGACAGAAGGAAGAGAAGAUCCUUCCAGAUGUGGAGCAUUUCUGGCAGGAGCGCAGAAAUACCACAGCAGGAGAAGACAAUGACCCCAUGCCAUGGGAGCACCAGGAGAAGCCCUGA